UAAAAGCCAUUGCCGCUAGUCGCAUCAUCUGAAGCAGGGAGAACCAUCUAGGGCACAACCUCCAUCCAUGUUUACAACCCAGCUUUGCUCCCCGCUUCCCACAGCCGAGACCCUAAUUCCGCCUUCUGUUCACUUAUCACCUUCUCAUUACCCAUCAAGCCAUUCUUCCAUCCCCCGGCUUCAGUCUACCGCGCUUUCUCUCAGCCGCAGCUACCUUACAACCCGAUAUCUCACCCGCAUCGCCCUUACCGAUGCUUCCUUUAGCCUCUCUCUUUUCACAGAACUCAGGUUAGACCAAUACGAAGUGGAUGCCCUUCUCCACCGCCAUCCGGAGAUCGAAUCAGUAGCUGCAGCUUCUCCUGAAUCGCUUCGUCUUCGGAUAGGCACUUUGUUGUCCAUUGGGCUCGGCAACUCUGCUCUCCGGCGGACCAUCAUCAAGCGCCCUGACAUCCUCACCUCGCCGGAGGCUGGUCUCUUUCUCAAUUUCGUCCAUGAAGAGUCUGUAAAACUACUGCCGACAAAGCUCGAGCGUCUUCUAAUUAGCACCCAUUCCGCUCACUUUCAAGGGCUUGUAAUAAGAACCAAACUUUUUCUCAACCAUGGAUUCCCCCACGAGAAGCUCGGGCAUCUACUCAAUGUUGUUGAUAUCAAGAGGGCUUUCUGCGAGAAGACUAUCGAGGAUAUUGAGGAGAUGAUUUUGUUCUUGCAGCGCUAUGGAUGGCCGAAUACCAUUGUACGCCGUCCCAAUCUUCUCAACCUGGACCUGCAUAACCAGCUGAUUCCCCGUGCCCAGUUCUUCGCUAAUCUUGCUGGCGGCGAUGAAGAGUCCUCUUCUCACUUGAUCCGUAAACUGCCAGGAAUCCUUGCAUAUACGGUUGAGCACCUUCAGUCACACCUGGAGUUUUGGAGAUCUGUUGGUCUCACUGGUGGACAACUCUUCAAGAUAGCGCUUGUGUACCCCAAUAUCUUUAGCGUCAGCAUAGAGAGGAAGCUUAGUUCCAGAAUUGAUUUCCUCGAACAGUGCGGCUUGGAUGCCGAGGAAAUCUUUAAGUUUCUCGUCAAGGCUCCUCUUUUCACGAGCCUGUCCUUUGAGGAGAACCUUGCCAAGAAGCUGGCGUUUCUUGUUAAGCUGGGAUACGUGUAUCGGACCAGGGACAUGGCCUUGGCCGUUGGUGCGGUGACCAGGACGAGCACUGAGAACAUGCAGAAAGUAAUUGAGCUUUUCUUCAGCUAUGGCUUCUCUUGCGAGGAUGUGCUGGCCAUGAGCAGGAAGCACCCGCAAGUGCUGCAGUAUAACUGCGAGUCACUGGGGAAGAAGAUGCAGUUCUUGAUCAACGAUAUGGAAAGAGAGGUCAGGGAACUGCUGAGUUUCCCUGCUUUCUUAGGUUAUAAUCUGGAUGACCGGAUCAGGUACAGGUAUGAGAUAAAGAUGGCAAACAGAGGAAAGGGAUCGUCUAUCAACAAUCUUCUUUCUGUUUCUGAUGAGAGAUUUUAUUUGAAAACCAACAAAUGGAUUGAAGCAGGAUCAGAUUGUAAUUCUGAUCAAGUUAAGCUUUGAUAGUUGGUGCCAUUUUCUGUAGAAAAAAUGGGUUAAAAAAGGGGCUCGUUCCUGCCUGCUUAAAUGAGGUUGCCGGGGGCAUUCUUUUGAUUAAGAAUUCCAAAUGACAAAAAAGUAAAUUUUACAAGGAGAUUCAUGAUGAAUCAAUAAAAUUAUGUAUGACCUCCUUCUAAUAGAUGAAUUCUAGGUUUGAAAACUAUCCCAAGACCUGACUAUUCGGACCUGAGGGGAAGUAAGCUGCCAUGCCAUUCGUCUAGCUUAAUCAUCUUUAUGUUGAAAUCAUUCACUAGGUGAGCGGAUGUUGCUAGUUUGAGGGAUGUCAUUUUGACCAUGAUAUAUAGGUGCCAAUUCAUCAAGAAGCUUUUGGACCCGUGAGAACUUCAACUUGUUCUCCUUAUACUCCACUUCAUAGAAUUCGUGACUUAUGGUUGGAUUGGUUCAUAGAACCAGAAUGAUUCGAGGUGAGAUCAUCACCUGGAUUGGAUUUAACAUGUUUUCUCAGACUGGCUACCAUUAAUGUAGGGAAGAGCUGGGGCACAAUCAUGCUAAUUCAGGCUCCAUUCUUCUUCUGUAUAGAGGUUUGACACUGUCUUGGAUCGGCAGAUGCAUCUUCUUUCAGGAUCUAAUGCUUCUCCAAUAGAAGUUGGAGAUUUUCUUUUAUUAAUGUUGCGGGGGGGUGGGCAUUAUUUUAACAGUAUUGGAUAUUCUAAUACUGAUAGAGUUCUGAUCAAUUCUUUUGUAAGAUUAUGAUCCAGUGAAACUU